UAAAUGCAUACUUCAUAUACUGCUUGCUAUGUCUAACUGAUUAUCAUUGCAUUUUUGACUAUAUCUUCCCAGAAGAAACACAAGGAGAUUUCAAAGAUUUGAAAGUUGCUCUAUAUGUUCUUACACUUCUUCAUGUUGCCUCCAUUUACUAAUCAUCUCAAAACUUAAACACCAAACAGAACCAUUCCCAAUUUAGAAGCAAAACAAGGAAGCUAGCUACCACCUAUAGCUAGGUAGAUAGCUACAACCAUGGAAGAAUCCCCAUAUAGUUCUAGGGGACAAGACGAACCCGAGUUCAGCUUGAGAGAUUGGGCUGUCAAGGCUAGAGGAAUCAGCCGCGAAAACACGAAUUCCAGAAGGUUCUCAGCAUCCUACAUUAGAAGCUUUAGAGAAGACACAAGGUCUUUCAGAUCAAACAUUACCAUCUCCAGCACUGCUUCUUCUCCUGGCUAUGCCUUAAGAGAUGAAAUUGACCCUGCAACUUACUCAUUCACCACUGCCCUCAAAGCAUUGCAAGCAAGGUCUGCCUACAAUAGUUGGGAGGCUUUAUCCCCAGAUGGGUUUGCUUUACAUUCAAAGUGGAAUGAAGCAGAGAAAUACAUAUGCAACCCUCUUUCAGGACAAGUCCCAAUGGAGUGUUUAUCUGCAAAAACACUUAGUGGAAGAUCGUUUCGAAACAUAACGAAUCGUAUCACAAUGUCUGCACCUCUCGUUUACUCUUCUCACACUAGGCCAAUCCAUACCACCAAGCAUUCUUAUUCAACCAAAGAAGACUUGGCUCGUCAAUUCCCAAUUCCAGCAAAGAAAAAUGAGGGUAUGACCAGAGAUGUUGGAACUCAAAGCACUCCUCCUGAUAUCAGUUCUAGCAGUCUUAGCUCUGCUUCAACUCCUCCCAUUGUAGAAAGAUCAUUAAAUCGAUUUCGUGGCGGAGAUUCACCAAAUUCAAAUUCAAAUUCAAAACCAAAAUCUGAAGAAGAGGUUGAAGAAGAAGAGAUGGAAGUGAAAGAUACAGAAGAGGAAGAAGAAACAAAAAGGGAAAAGGAAGAGAGAAAGAAAAAAGAAGAGCAAAAGUGGAGGCAAGGUGGGUGCUUGUCAUGGAUGAGAAAAAGGUACAGAGAGAAACACAAACCAAGAAAGAAGAAUAUGUUUCUUUCUCAUCUCAAAGCGUGCUGAAUAUGAAAACAAAAGAGAGAACUGCAAAUCAAUAAUGUGGAGACCCAUUGGAGGGGUCUAAGAGAUUCUCUGGCUUGAGACUUGCUGCAGGGUCACUGAGUUCGUCUGUGAUCAAGAGAAGAGAAGAAUGAAUCUUGUAAUGCGGUUUUUAGUGGUUGUUUUGUGUCGGUUUUCUUCUGUUGUAGAAUAGAUCAGUCAUCUUUAUGCUUUGUUCUUGUUUAUGGUCCAAAUGGCUGACAAAAGGUUCACAUGCA